AGCACACAAUUAUCAGCUGCCCCACAGGAAAUUGCAUUACUAACAUAAAAUGUCGGCGGACGGGGAGAUUGUAAUAUGAUAAACUAGUCUUUCAACAUUCACCAAUUCUGUUAUUUCAUUUGCGUGCAAUAUGGCAGUUUAACAUAACAUAACCUUUUUUGUUUUGAAGCUAAGACAUUAUUGCACUGUGGUCAUAUUCCGCCAUGUCGAACCCGCCAUUGUCAUACACAACUAAUUUACAGCUACAGCCUUUUCCGUGUUGUCGACAGCGGGAUUGUAGCUGUGUGUGCGUGCGUGUGUCACAGCGUGCACGAAUGAAGUGCCUGCAUGUGUUGUACGUCAAAGACGAUGCUGUAAUAGGCUAGUGCUUUUAGUUCUUUAGUUUGAAUGCUGUGCAAUUCAAAACAUUAUUGUCUAGUAGUGAAAAGAAACAUCUUUAGAGUUUCUAAACGUAAAAGCAGUUGGCAAUGAAUGCGUCGGCUGGGACAGGAGUGUUUGUCUUGUCCUUGAUGUCCAUACCCGUCUCCUAUUUAUUCAAUUUCCUUGUCUUCAAUAGCGGCAUCGAGGCAGUAUUUUAUGCUGGAUCUACAACCCUUCUCAUACUUGCGAUAUCAGCGUACUUUUUAAUAAAGAAGAAAGCACUUAAAGACCCGUUAUUUUACGUGUUUGCUGCUCACGCCUUCCUGAGUGUGAUGAACCUGAUCAUAGCGCUGGAGCAGGAUGGCAUCAUCGACGACUUCAUGACCUACUAUCUCCAGAAGGCAGAUCCCUACAUCAACACUGCGCAUGGUCACAUGACCUCAUACUGGGAUGGCAGUGUCCACUAUCUCAUGUACCUUCUGAUAGUGGCAGCAAUAACAUGGGGGGCCAGCUACAGAGCUAUCGGACUGUACUGGAUGGGCUCAUUCCUCAUCCAUGCCAUUGUCUUAAAUACAGGGAAUGCUAUAGGGAAGUAUGGGAUCCAGAUGAGCCCUCUGUUCCUCGUCCACAUGCUCUACAUCCUGGUGUCUGUGUGGGCCUGCUUCCGCAUCAUCAGACAGCCCUGCACCAUGGAGGCCCUGCCAAUGAGUGUCCAGGAAGCCCAGAAGAAGAAUCUGCUCCAGAGACCUUUGGACUUCCUGCUCGCCCUCUGCCUCAUCCCCGCCACCAUGUUCUGUGUCUUCCGAGGCCUGGUGGCGUUGGACUGUCCGUCUGAAUGGUGUCAGGAAUACAGCCAGCUCUAUGAGCCCUACCUUAAAGAUCCCUCUGCCUACUCUAAAAUACAGAUGCUGGUGAGUAUGCUAUACUCCGGGCCCUACUAUGUGCUCUGUCUCUAUGGGCUGCUGGUGCCAGGCUGCCACUGGAUGACCGACCUCACCCUGGUGCACUCAGGAGCCAUUGCCCAGGCUCAGUUCUCUCACAUCGGAGCGUCUCUCCACACACGGACACCCUUCUCCUACAGAGUACCUGCUGACAGCCAGGCUGUGUUCCUGCUUGUGAACGUCCUGUAUGCUCUGGUGCCCCAGGCCCUCUGCUACCGCUGUGUCACCAACCCUGCCUUCUUCUUCAGGGCCCCUCCUUUCAACAAGAAAAGUGAGUGAGAGAAAGAGAGAGAGAGAGAGAGAGGGGGAGAGAGGGAGAGAGGAGGGGGUGUG